GGCUCAAAACAUUCCGAUUUUCAGCGAGCCUUGAGAAAUUCCAAGCUCGUGAGGUCACAAUUGUAACUUAUACCUUUCAAGCAAUUGAUUCUUCCUAUACCAGUCAACAUGGGAUCUGGAGCUUCGAAACCUGAGGAACCUCCCAAGGCACAAGUAUGGUCUAGUGAAACACCGGUAAGGUUCUCGGAACAACUCAUAGAUUCUUUGCAAUCAAGUUCUGAGUCCGACUCUACUCGUGCCAAAACUCUCGAACUCCACAUCCAAGCCCGCGUCGCCAGCGAGCUCAAGAAACUCCAAGAGCGCGCCAGCAAAGACUUCGAAGAAUUAACCGCCAAACUCUCCACCGAGGAAUCUGCGCCCCCAUCUGAGGAGAAAUCUGCAGGUGAUAGCUUAAGAAAAUUGGGCAGAGAUGCGGUUCAGAAAGAUGUGGAGGGCUUGAGGAAGAAGUUGGAACAGAGGAAGAAGGUACAGGAGUUAGAUGAGGGGGUUGAGAAUGCAAAGAGUGCAGUGGUAAAUUGUUUGAGAGAUAACGAUAGGAGGCCGUUGGAUUGCUACAAAGAGGUAGAGACUUUCAGACAAGAGGUUAGGAGGUUAGAGGGUAAAUGGGUCGAGGGUAUUGUUAGAUAAGGGAAGUAUGAUCAUAUGGGGGGAGAUGGGAAGGAUGACGGAUGGCAAAUGUCGAAUGAAGGGCGAGAUGACGAAAAGAUGUCAACGAAGGUGUCCAAGGGCCCACCGUGUAUAGAAUAUGUGUAACA